AUGUUAAUGAGUUCGUUUGGUAUGUCACGAAAACGACCAUUAGGACUUGACAAAGAAAAUGUUUGGCCAUCAGCUUUAGGACUAGAAGUUAAUGAUUUGGGUGUAGCAGUAAAACAACCACGACUUGCACUUGGAUCAGCAACUAUUGAUAGUAAUCUAUUCAAUUCAAUUCCAUAUUCACCACCAGAUAGUUUUUUAAUCAAACCAGUGGAUACUUGGUCUUCACUUGAUUUGGAUCAUGUUCUUCUCACUCCAACACAAGAACCUCAAAAAAAUACUCAUUCAGAAACUCGUUAUAAAAAUGGUUCAUUUCGUCAAGUAUUAAAAUGGGUUCGAUCAUUAAGACAAUAUGGUGAUGGAAAUAAUGCAUUUCGUGAACCAAAUAGUGUUGGAUGGCUUGAAUGCGGAAAAUUAGCUGUUGUUGAUACAAAUGCUCAUUGUAUAAAAGUUUUCGAUAGUGAAACAGGUCAAUUUGAAUAUUCAUUUGGUCGUGGUCGAACAUUAGGUUGUCAAAAUUUACUUUAUCCAUAUCGUAUAGCUGUNAUGGCUAGUGAUAUUGAUGUUUGA